ACAACACAAGCAAAGCACACUCCCAGCUUCCCAGACCAGCUCUUGCUCUCUUCACUAGCUUCCAGCAACAGCUUGCACAGCCAGCCUGCUCAGAAUGGGCAAGGAGGUGGACGUGUCCACCCUCGAGGCUGGCGGCGCCCGCGACUACGCCGACCCGCCGCCGGCGCCGCUGGUGGACAUCGACGAGCUCUGCAAGUGGUCCCUGUACCGCGCCGUGAUCGCCGAGUUCGUGGCCACGCUGCUGUUCCUGUACAUCACGGUGGCGACGGUGAUCGGGUACAAGCACCAGACGGACGCGUCGGCGUCGGGCCCCGACGCGGCGUGCGGCGGCGUGGGCAUCCUCGGCAUCGCGUGGGCGUUCGGCGGCAUGAUCUUCAUCCUCGUCUACUGCACCGCGGGGAUCUCUGGCGGCCACAUCAACCCGGCGGUCACCUUCGGGCUGUUCCUGGCGCGCAAGGUGUCCCUGGUGCGCGCCGUCCUGUACAUGGCGGCGCAGUGCCUGGGCGCCAUCUGCGGCGUCGCGCUCGUCAAGGGCUUUCAGAGCGGCUUCUACGCGCGCUAUGGCGGCGGCGCCAACGAGGUCAGUGCCGGCUACUCCACCGGCACGGGGCUCGCCGCCGAGAUCGUCGGCACCUUCGUGCUCGUCUACACCGUCUUCUCCGCCACCGACCCAAAGCGCAACGCCCGCGACUCCCACGUCCCGGUGCUGGCGCCCCUGCCAAUUGGGUUUGCGGUGUUCAUGGUGCACCUUGCCACGAUCCCGGUCACCGGCACGGGGAUCAACCCGGCGAGGAGCCUCGGCGCCGCUGUCGUGUACAACAACAGCAAGGCCUGGAGCGACCAGUGGAUCUUCUGGGUGGGUCCGUUCAUCGGCGCGGCGAUCGCGGCGCUGUACCACCAGAUCGUCCUCCGCGCCAGCGCCAGGGGCUACGGCUCCUUCCGGAGCAACGCCUAGGCCGGCGACCUAGUCGUCGUCAACAUCCACGGCCGACCGACCGGCGGCCGUGACUAAGCUCUUCCUCCUCCGGAGUUUAAGUUGAACGGAGAGCGAGAGCCCCGGCGUGGUCAAUGUUGUAGCAGUAGUAGCUUCAGUCAAGUGUCGGAAGCAAGUGUUUGUGUGUGCUGUGGAAAGCUUGCACUUUGUCAGUGUGUGUGUGUGUCACGUUGGCUUGAAGUCAAAUUAAUAAAAAUGUUGGCUUGGCCUCCAGGCUCCAGUUUCAUGCAUGGCCAAGGGAGCGAAGUUCCCGGGAGGAUGGAUCGGAGAACGGGAACGGCACUCGAAAUGUACGAAAAUGUUCCACGUUUCCGGAACACGUUCCUGAUGAUUAGGAGGAAGCCGCCUCCAGAGAAGUUUGGAGCUU